AUGGGCGAUGACAUAUUUGGAACCAUGUUCCGCCCUGUCUUCCUGUAUUUUUAUUUUGUUCACACUAAUGUCACGUUGAGACAAGGAAAUAGGUUAAGAAAUGAAUCAAGCCAUCCUGGUGCUUUAUGUGGAAAUAUUGGGUGUGGGAGAUGCCAAGAAAAACAUGCGUAUAGUCGUUACGAACAGACAUCGCAUUUGUAUUGGAAACACAGCUACGCUGGGGAUGGAUAUGUGCAUCGCCUUAUUCAAAACAAGUCCGAUAGAAAGCUAGUUAAACUAUCCUGUCCGAAUGCGCCUCCGCAAGUCCAGACACCACCCACCGAGCAAGCUGGACAGGAUAAAAUCGACGCUAUAGGUCUCAAGUAUUCAUACCUCUUAACUACACAACUGUCUUCUCAACAGACUUAUUACGAGGAAAAAGUCAACACAAUCACCCUUCAGCUUUCAUCUCUGUCAGCACAAGUCUAA